AUGGCUACAGCUGUUGCUUCACCAGCUCCCAAUGGACAACAAGUGCAAGAAGAAACUAUGCAGCCACCAGCACCACAAAUAACUGCAACUGAAAAGCAAGCAGAGGCUGCCAAAAUGCAGGCAGAGGCUGCCAAAAUGCAAGCAGAGGCUGCCAAAAUGCAGGCAGAGGCAGCAAAAGCGCAGAGCGAGGCGUCUCUUUUGAUAGCACAGGCUGCAAAUAAAAUAGCAGAUGCAUUAAUCUUAUUUGUAAGUAAUAAUAAAAAAUAA